AUGGCGAGGCGUAUGAAGAAAUCUCUGCAGGUGCUUGUUGAGCAGCUUCCGGCGCACCCAGCAUUUGCUGUAGCGAACGUCAUUCCCGCAGUACUGGUGGACAUUGGAAGCAACGUUCAUGUGGAUGAAAAUUUGUUAGAGCAGCUAAAAAGAAAGGAGACAAGUCCUGGGCCUUUCGCAAGGGGCCUCCUAACCAUUGUGUUUUCAGAUGAGGAGCUCAAUGGCCACUCGCUCUUUGGCAAAAAGUGCAAUGCACAAAAGGAGGAUACAGUAAAACCAGGGCUGGACCCCGUACGAGUUAAUGCAGUGAUUGCGUACACAUGCAAGAUCUUUGGGGACAAAGAAGAGGCAGUGAAGGCCAGCGUGGCCUCGUACCUUGCAAAGAAACACAAUUUUUCCCAGUGAGGUGACAGAUGCCCGGUGCAAGACAUGUAAAAUAAAUAGUUCACAACUGAUCCUCCUUUUUGUUGUAUAUAUACAUUAGCAU